AUGAUUAGUCCAACAACAGAUAAAUUACGAACUGCUGUCAUAGAUAUAACAUUUCUUCUUUUACAAAGACAACAUGUUCAUGAGAGUAUCAUAAAACAACAAUGUGACAAAUUCCAAUUGCCUGAAUUUCCAGAAGAGUUUCAAAAUCUAUUAACAACCAUCGAUAUUAUUAAUAUGUUACUUGAUAAAACUAAACAACAACAAUAUCUGAAACGAUUUUUGGAACAAUUAUAUAAUGUCAUGGAUCGAAAUUUCAAAAUCACUGACAAUGAUAUUCAAACUUCAAAUAAAUAUUUCGAUGCAUUUGCUGAUCUACAAUUAAUUAGUUUAAUGAAUGAACAUCCAUCAAUGAAUCAAUCGUUCGAUGAAUUCAUUUCUGCUUUACCAAAUGAAUCAACGUCUCAUUCAACAUUCUAUAAAAAUUAUCCAUUGCUAAUAAAUGUGCCAUACGAAUAUAUACGGAUUCGUGCUAUACUUUUGUCUCAAGUCAAUAUAUUUAUUGCAAUCACUAUAUCGACACUUGAUUUUAGUUUAUUACCAGGUCAAAGUAUUUUAGUAGAUUAUAUCAGAAUAGUUAAAAGUUAUUUAUUACGAAAGGUAAAAUUUAUGUGGCUCGAAGAAUCAUUAUCAAAAACUGAAUAUAGAACUGAUUCUGAUGUUCCUGAAGUUGAAUUUGAUACAAUUCAAGCUAGUAAUCAUGAUAACGAAGGAAAAAACACUAUGUUUAAUCAAGCAUUUGAACAAUUGCAUGAAAAUGCUCAUAACAUAUUUCGAUCAAGAGAUGAACGUUUGUGGCGGGUAAAAUAUCUUGAUAUGGAUAGUAUUGAUCAAGGUGGACCUUAUCGUGAUUCAAUAACAGCUAUGUGUUCGGAUAUAUGUAGUUCACAUUUACCAUUAUUUGUUUUAUGUCCAAAUGGACAAAAUAAUACUGGUCAAAAUCGUGAUUGUUGGAUUCCAAAUGUUUUUCCACCGAAUAAACCAAUUUCAAAUAAAUUUAAAAAACAAUAUCAAUUCAUAGGACAAUUGAUGGGCAUGGCUAUUCGUAAGAAACAUUAUUUCAAUGUAAAAUUUCCAAUUUUAUUAUGGAAAAAGUUAAUAGGCGAAGAAAUAACUAUGAAAGAUAUUGAAGAAAUUGAUAUACAAAGUUUUGCAAUUAUUAAAGAAAUGAAAAUUAAUCUUGAACAAAGUCAAUCAAUUGAUGGUGACAGUGAAAUUAAUUAUUUAUGUACCAGUAUCAUGAAUGAACUUCGAUUUGAUGUUAUUAGUUCAUCUGGACAAACUUAUGAACUCAUUCCUGGUGGUGAAAAUAUUCCUGUUACUCCAAGAAAUUUUUCAGAAUACUGUAAACGUUAUCGUGAAUAUCGAUUGAAUGAAUUUGGUCGACCAAUUGAAUAUAUUCGACAAGGUUUAUGUAGUAUUAUUCCAUAUGGUUGUUUGACAUUGUUUACGGCUAAUGAACUUGAAGAAGCUGUAUGUGGAAAAGGUGAAAUCGAUGUGGCACUAUUGAAACGAAAUACUGUUUAUCUUGGUGAUUAUAAUGAAAAUUCUCCACAUAUUCAACAAUUUUGGACUAUUAUCAAUGAAAUGUUCGAUGAAUCACAAAAGAAAUUAUUUCUAAUAUUUGUUUGGGGAAGAAGUACAUUGCCAAUACUCGAUAAAGAUUUUAAAUCAAAAUUUAAAAUUCAAACAAUUUCUCAUGAUGAUAAUCAUCAGAUAGAUCAAAUGCUUCCAAGAGCACAUACAUGUUUCUUCACUCUUGAUUUACCUGAAUAUUCAACAACUGACAUAAUGUACGAGCGUUUGAACUAUGCUAUAACAAAUUGUUCGAGUAUUGAUGGCGAUGUUGCGAUAGAUAACGUAUCGAAUCCAACACAUUCAAAUGACGAUCCACUUUUUGUUGGACAGUUACCAACAUCUCUAGCAACACUUAUCGGAGGAAAUUCUCUCUUUAACUAA